AUGACUGGCAGAGGAAUGUCUCCGUAUUACUGGGUUGACGGCAUAGAGCCCAAGAAUGAUGGAAACUGGAUAUGGUACUCUAAUAACAAACCCAUAGACAGUUCGUUGUGGCUGCCUGGUGAACCCAAUGACUCUGGCCGGCAAGACUUUAGGACUUGGGGUUCCUGGGGUUCCUGGGGUUCAUGCUCUGUAACGUGCGGUUCUCAAGGUCUGAGGUCCCGCACUCGUAUAUGUGAUAACCCAGCACCUGUUGGACCCGGUAAACCCUGCCCUGGAGCUGACAGACAAACUGAAGUCUGUUAUCCUCCACAGUGUCCUACCUGUCAGGUACACAAUGUUCCUGGGGCCACAACCUCGGUAUCUGCUGCCAGGAUAUAUGAAAACGAAUACGUGAAGUAUCACUGUCUACCAGAACACAAACUGAUCAGCGGGAGCCUGACAAGAACAUGUCAGGCAAACGGUACCUUAACAAACGAGGAGCCACAGUGCAAAAAAUGCUGUGGAACGGCACGUUACAUCCUAAACGGAUAUCCCGACACGUCUGCCUCCUUGUGCUAUGGUGACCAUGUCAACUAUCUGUGUGACAGAGGUUACAAGUCCUCAAACAGCACACCUAUCGUCUGCUCGUCACCCUACGAAUGGAAGUAUAUACCCCUGCCUAAAUGUGAACCUGAUGGCAGCUGUAGCAUCAGUGAUGUCCCAGUUCCUGAUAAUGGCUUCGCAUCGUGCUCAGGAAACGAACUCGAUAAAGUUUGCUACGUUCGAUGUGACAAGGGUUACAAUUACAUGUCAGACCGCAGCGUGUUUGAAUGUGGACUCCAAACUGGAUGGGGAUGGAAGGUCCGUGAUAAAAGCGGAAAUUACACGACAGCUGAGAAUGGGGAGUGUAAAGGUGAAUCAUCAGAUGACAAUGACCUGUUUUGCUUUUAUGUUCUCUUUUCAUCAUUUGAUUUUGCAUCCAUCUAUAUGAUCUUAGGCAGAGCCGUAGAAAAAAAGAUGCACUUGGCAUGA